AUGAAAUUUCUAAGUCUUAUUUGUUUUUCCCUAUUAUUGGCCUUUGUGGCUGCAACAGAUCCAACGGGAUCACCACCACCAACUGCACCUGCUGCCAGCUCUCCAGUGGAUCCCACACCUGCUGUUGGAGCAACACCAGCUGAUCCAUCUACGGCUAUUCCAACCGGCGCUGUAGCAGCACCAACACCAACACCUUCCCCAUCACCAACUCCGUCUCCCACACCUAAUAGUGGCAGUUCAAAACCGGUAGGAGCGGGGACUAACACGAAACCCACAGCCACUACCAAAAAACCGUUAACCAACAAGAAACCCUCAGCCACUACCAAAAAACCGUUAACUAACAAGAAACCCUCUGCCCCUACCAAAAAACCUGCAACUAACAAAAAACCCAAUAAGAAAGGAAAGGGAAAUAAGAAACCCAAAAAACCAGCAAAGAAAAACAAUAAAAAAGGAAACAAGAAGCAAAAGAAUAAGAAACAGAAAAACAAGAGGCCAGCCAAGAAGGGUAGCAAGAACUCCAAGGCUAAGAAUCAAAAGAAGAAAAAUGCUAAGAAACAGGCUAACCGACGUGGUUAA